CUGAUCUUUAAUUACACGCGGUGAAUUUAGUUGUUGGCGAUUUGUUUUCUUUGUUUUUAUUCUUCAAUGUCAGGUCCCCAGCAAGAACAAGGCUGCGAAAAUAAAGUACAAGCACAAGAUUUGGUAAACGAAAUUGUAGAAUCGAUCUACAUAGCAACUUUUGGCGGUGCUUCCUAUGAGGAAACUGCCGAAGGUGAUUUCUUGGAGUCCAACGUUGGAUUUGAUAUAUGCGAGGAGGAAAGCUGGGAUGAAUUUCCCGAGAAUAGUUGGCCAUUUGAGUUCCACCACUGGGAGAUAGAUGGUAUUCACAGACAUCAAAAAACCAAACGCAAACAUAACUUGAGAAAGUUUUGCAAGAACAUAACUGACAAAAACGAACUAAAAAGUCAAGUGAAGAAAACCAAGAUAUCAAAUCGUGCGUAUUUUGCUGCGUGUAAAAAAGAACUUCGUCGUAAAGCAAAUGAGGCUGAAAAUGCAGAGAACAAGAAGAAAAAUAUAGAGUUGAAAUUAAAGCAGAAAAACACUCCAAGGAAAUGGCCAGAAGGGAUGCCACCAUACCGCGAUAUACAUGUUAAGUAUAUCCCUUGCAAAAAACGUGAUAAUCAUAGUGGGAAAAUUUAUAAUGAUGAACACUUUGUAUUGCGAAGAGACAAUGCGGACAAACUAGGAGAUGCUCUUAUCUCACAACUCAUGACUCUUCAAGACCGGGAAAUCACACCAAAUGACUUUGAUCUGCUACUUCAACUAGACAACUUUGUAGAGGUGAAAACUGUCCCUAAGCACAUCAUAGAUGGACUACAGUGUGUGACUGUGAAUGAGGGAAUAGAUGAUGUGUGUUUGAUAUGUAUGGAGGAGUAUGCCGUUGGUGACUCUAUGAAGUAUCUACCCUGUAGGCACAACUUCCAUAGUGCUUGCAUAAGGACUUGGUUGACAUAUACUUCAUGUAAAUGUCCUCUUGAUGGCUUAGAGGUCUGCUGACAAUAUCUAAAAUCAAUUCCCCGUAACAAAAUAGCAAAUUUGAUAUAUUUGUAAAAUGAAAUUAAAAUUGAUUAUUUUGUCGAA